UCUGUGCUUCUGUCAAUACGUAAUCUAUGAUUUGUUACAAGGGUUCAGAACAGUAAAUUAAAUUCUUAUAAGAAAGAAUAAAAAUUAGUUUCUUGAGAAAGAUGGCUUGCAAUAUAACAAAAGUACCCUUACUUCGUACAAUUACGAACAGAUCAUUUGCUUCCGCAGCAAAUGUAAAACCAAUUGGUGGAGUAUGUGAUUAUGAAGUUAAUAAUUCAACUGUAAAUGGUGUACUCGUCACAUCUGCAGAAAACAAUUCUCCAAUCACUAGAGUAUCAAUUAUAUAUAGGGCUGGAUCCCGUCAGGAAUGUAAUGAUAAUCAAGGCGUUGCCCAUGUAUUAAGAAUAUGUGCUGGAAUGACAACAAAGUCAGCAAGCCAAUUUGCUAUUACCGCCAAUAUCAAAAAUACUAUCACCUAUAUAACAGCUCCAACGUUAUUUUAUUAUCAUCCGGAGCAAUCAUUAAAGGAUAAGAACAAUAUCCCUCUCUUAUCCCCUCAUGGAAUCAUGUGA